GUGACUGGCUCAGAUACCUGGAAAACUUGGGGCGGCUCCGGUUGCUCAUCCAGCAGGUGUCCAUGUUCUUUGCGCAGGUGGCCUCAGGCGUAGAGCCUGCUGCUGGCAAAGUGGAGCUCACUGUUCUCAUGGCUAAAGCCAGCCAGAUGCUUCGCAACCUCAUCGAAGGGAGCAAGGCCGAAGGCAUUCCCGCCCCACCGACGCAGGAGAUCGUUCUCCAACUGCAGCACGCUUGGGAGGAGUGGUCUUACUUGGAGACGGAGCUCACGCAGGUGAUUCGCUCAAACGUGAUUGUGCCAGACAUGGCGGAACGCAUUGCGCAGUUGGGCGCGGGCAUAUUGGAACAGUUCGAGGCAGUUUACCGCCUCUGC